ACUCACCCUCGCCUCCCCACUAGUUCGCGCCUCCUUCCCUAGCUGAGACCUGGUACAAGCGGAGAACUGGGCACGAUUCACACAGCCACCUCGCAGCUUGUCUGCUCCUGCUUCCCUGCUGAGGUUUGACACAAGCACAGUAUUGGACGACGGACACCUCGCGUUUGUUGCCAGUCGUCAGCUGCCAGCGGCCCACGAGAAGUAGCCUGUCUGUGGCCAACGAGGAGCAGCCUGUUUGUGGCUAACGAGGAGCAGCCUGUCUGUGGCCCACGAGGAGCAGUCUGUCUUUAGCCCACCACGAGAAGCAGCGGGCUGUCGUUCCACGACUGAGUUGCCCAACUGUUUGAAGCAAGAUGUGGGAGGUGAGCAACACCGUGGCGCUGCUGCUGCUGCUGCUGCAGGCUGUGGUGGUAGUGGGCAGCCAGCAAGAAGACAGCUGGAUACGUCACAACUUUGCCACCACACACAGGCGGUCCCAUGGUCGGCGCUGGCCUCAGGAGAGUGGACGGAGGAAGGCCCGGGUGUGGCAGGACGCCACCCUAAACAACCCCUUCUUGGCCCACCCACCACCGCCCACACCCGCCCCCGCUCCAGUGCCACACUUGAGAGAGAACAACAUCAUCUUAGAUGAAGACUACGAUGACGAGGAUACAAUCGCUCCCCACCUGUUCUGGCUGCCUCAGUCUCCCGUCAUCAAAAUCAGUCCCCAACAACACCACCAGCAGCAACACCUCCAGCAGCAACACCACCACCAGCAAUACUACCGACAGCAACACCAGCAGCAACAAUACCCUCAACAGCGACACCAGCAACUCCAGCAGCACAACCAACACUCCACUUCCCUGGAAGGCUUGCAGCAUCUUCUGGAAGGCGGAGUGACAGCAGACAUUCCUGGCGUCAAGGUCCAGCAGCUGGGUCUCGAGUCUGACACCACACACAAAGAUGACCUGGGCUACCGAGCUGGAAACAGACAAGUAAAGCACCAACAGAGGCAAGUAAUUAAACCUUACAGCGGCAGCGGCAGCAGCAGCAGCAGUACUCCCCGACUUGUCGAUCCAGAAACUCACACUGGCAAGCUACCCGUCGUGAACCCAAACUUUCAUAGUGAAGGACUUAGGAACCACGACCACCUCAGUAAGGGCAUUACUCACAGCUUGCAGCCACAUUUUGUUAGCCACAAGCACUUUCCUGAAUUGUUCCUGAGCAACUCUCGUCAAUUUCCCCAAGAUUUCGAUCGACAAAGUAAAUUUCCAAACGGAUUAUUAUCAGAGUCAUAUUUGCAAACUUUUCCUCAAGAAGAACAAUUGCCGAUUAAUGUGCUCAGUGACGACCAGUUACCCAGCCGUUUUAUUACACCUGAUGUGGUCAGUGAUGUGGGGCAUCAAUUCUCUCAAGACCACAUGACAUUCCCCGAGCCCUUCAUGGACUCUCAUGCUCUGGAAGAAUUCACUCACCAACAGCCCUUCAUUCACCAGCAUCCCUUUAGUAACCAAAAGCCCAUCGGAGAUCAAGAGCCCUUUGAUAACCAAGAGCCCUUUGGAAACCAAGUGCAAUUCAUCGACCAAGAGCCCUUAGGAAAUAAGGAGCCCUUCGGAGUCCAAGAGCCCUUCAUCGACCCAGAGCCUUUCAGAGACCAGAAACCCUUUGGAGACUUCCGUGAUGGAAGUAUUGACGUUGUCGACGAGGAGGGUUAUAGGGGACUCCCAGUCUCCUUGUCGGAGCUGAAUUUGCCAUCUUCCAAGGACCUGAUCUCCGCCUUCACCAAUCCUGAACUGACCAAGGAAGGUCAACGAGAGGAGUGUCACGCCCGUAACCUGCGUGCCUGUGGCAUCAGGGUCAUUGAUGAGUUCAACCACGAGUUGGGUCACCCGGAGAUGUGCAGGGUCAGGGAGGAGUUCCUGGACUGUAUGGAGCAGCAACGAGAGAAACCUUGUCAGCCUCAUGGCAAGACCUUCAGCAGGGAGGAGACUGACCUUAUCAGAGACAGGAUCAAGUCACUUCUCUUGUCUGCCAGAGGCUGCAUCCUCAGUCAUUCCGUCUAGGUCUCUCUCUCUCUCUCUCUCUCUCUCUCUCUCUCUCUCUCUCUCUCUCUCUCUUUCUGUUCUUACUUUUACUGUUCAGUUCUUCUAGCUCUCUUUCUCUUCCCUUAUCACAAUUUCGUCUCUUUAAUACUCUACAUCAAUACCUCUAUACUACCACUGGUCACUACUACUACUACUAGCCCUGUUUCUUUACACUAUCACUGGUCUCUAUGACUGCUAGCACUGUCUCUCUACACUACCACUGGUCACUACUACUACUACUACUACAAGCACUGUCUCUCUACACUACCACUGGUCACUACUACUACUACUAGCCCUGUUUCUUUACACUAUCACUCGUCUCUAUGACUGCUAGCACUGUCUCCCUACACUACCACUGGUCACUACCACUACUACUACUACUAGCACUGUCUCUCUACACUACCACUGGUCACUACUACUACUAGCACUGUCUCUCUACACUACUACUGGUCUCUACUACUACUAGCACUGUCUCUCUACACUACCACUGGUCACUACUACUACUAGCACUGUCUCUCUACACUACCACUGGUCACUACUACUACUAGCACUGUCUCUCUACACUACCACUGGUCACUACUACUACUAGCACUGUCUCUCUACACUACCACUGGUCUCUACUACCACUAGCACUGUCUCUCUACACUACCACUGGUCACUACUACUACUAGCACUGUCUCUCUACACUACCACUGGUCACUACUACUACUAGCACUGUCUCUCUACACUACCACUGGUCACUACUACUACUACUAGCACUGUCUCUCUACACUACCACUGGUCACUACUACUACUACUAGCACUGUCUCUCUACACUAUCACUAGUCACUGCUACUACUAGCUCUGUCCCUCUACACUGCCACUGGUCUUCUCUACACUACCGCUGGUCUUCUCUACACUACCACUGGUCUUCUCUACACUACCGCUGGUCUUCUCUAUAAUACCACUGGUCUUCUCUACACUACCACUGGCCUUCUCUACACUACCACUGGUCUUCUCUACACUACCACUGGUCUUCUCUACACUACCACUGGUCUUCUCUACACUGCCACUGGUCUUCUCUACACUACCACUGGUCUUCUCUACACUACCACUGGUCUUCCCUACAC